AUGUAUUCCCACACAAGUACUCCUGCCCGAACAUUUGCUAGCGACAUGCUGGCGGUUCCAGACGCCACACAGCGUGGCGUGGACGGAAAAUUACAGAUGCGUCCUCCAACACUACCCGACAGCACGCUGGACAUCGCCUUUGAUUACAGACAAGAAUCUAAGCUGAUAAGCGCCUUUCCUCGUGGUGGCAAAGUAUGGGAAGGCCUGAGAGCACGCCAGGGCCUGCAACCUUCCCACUUCAUAUCGGCUGAUGCCAUGAAGAGAAUGGGGCUCUCUGUACCACUGAACAGCGAGCAGGAGAUCACUUGGUGGUCCCAGAUUAAGACUGAGCAGGCCAAGAAAGUUCGUUGCACGGUGGUGCCGUCCAUUACAGAGGGCAUCGAUCUUGCUUUCGGUACUAGCAGCGACGAUAAUGGGUCGGAGGCACCGGGGGCCACCUAUUCUCAAGCCGCCUCGACUGAAAAGGCUGAAACUGAAAUUGACGACACCCUCAAUUCUAGCCUUCUCUUUCGUACGAAGACUGCAUGUGAAAUCAUUCGCUGCGCCAUCCGCGAAGUGGUGGAAAGUGAUUCGAGUCUCACAAAGCCAAGUCUAAUGGAACGCGCACGUGUUGCUGCCGAAGUUAUCCGCACUCCCAUGGAUAUUCUAUUCAACAAGAAAGGCUCCUCUCAUGCCCUGAGGCUUUAG